AUGGAUAGAAGUAGAGAGGCUGGAGAGCAAGGGGGAUUUGCUGGUGGAGGAGUGCGGACUCACCAACCAGCCAACCCUACGCUACCCUCAACUUCUACACCAUCUCCUACAACCGUGGAUCCUGUGAAGACUUUCUCUAUUGAGAAAUUCAUGGGGGAGGACUACGAGCACUGGAGCUUCCGCAUGAGGCUGAUGUACACUCAAUACAAGCUAUUGGAUUUGGUGGAGGGGAAGGAGAAGAUGCCAGAGGCUGUGGAGCUGAAAGGAGCGUGGAUGAAGCGAUCGUUUGACGCGUACAUGCUCAUGGAGGACUUGCGGCGGCGGAGUGUGGAGCGCUCAGAGGAGGGGGCUGGCUAUGGAGUUGGAGGUGGAAAAAGUGGCUUCAAGAAGAAUUGGAAGGGCAAAAACAAGGACAACCCUAAGGAGGAUGGCGGUGGGGGUCAAGGGGAGGUGUGCUUCUACUGCAAGAAGCGCGGACAUCGUUGGCGGAAGUGCUACCAACGACCCAAGGAUUGGACCCCGCCUUCAUCAAGCAACCAGCGUGGUGGCACGGGGAGUGGGGGAAUCAUGGGAGCUAGUGGAGAGGAGAAGGAGGAGGAGAAAGGCGGCAAAUCUGAGGAGCGGAAGGCCGGGUUCUUCUUCUUCGUGAACGAAGGCGCAACCGACCUUGCUAUGGCUGCCAAGCUGCACCUUGAGGAUCUCCCUGGGUCAGAGCUGAUGAGUGACCACAGUGGCGGUGGUGAGCAGCAAGGUGCUGGUCCUGCUGCGGAGGAGGGGUUGGAGGAUGAGUCGGCACGUGUGGACUCACCAACUCAGCCCGAGCCUGGUGCAACCGCAAGGCCACCAAGAGGAGUGUGCAGAGAGGAGCUUCACCACAUGGGCAGCAGAGUGCAACCCGCAAGAAGAGAGUGGUAG